CGCUCCCAGCCGUCCAGACACUUUAUGCGGGCGAGACGAUUGGCGGGACGGAGCACCGGCUACAAUGACGCAACGGUCUUCAUGGUGGCGAGCGCCAUGCCUGCGGACACUUCCGCCUUUUCUAAAUAUUAGCAUUAGAACGGCUGGCUAGCUAUGCCUGCCUCGAACCGCUCCAUGCCGUGCCUGCCGACGCAGCGGUGCAGCGCAGUCUCGUCCGGCCCUCUUAUAACAUUGCGUAGGGUGGCAAGCUCUGUUAUACCUCCCCCCUAUCCGCCAAGCAACCUAAGCCGACGCCAUGCCUCUCUUCCACAGGAAGAAGGCUAAACCCACUGACAAAGAGGCCUCACCUGGCACCAUCGAUGGCAGCGUGCAUCAAGAAAAGACUGCCUAUGAUGAAGGCAAUGAAUAUGACAUCCUACUUCGCUAUGCUAAAGACGAGGCGGCUAAGCUAAAACGCGGCGAGGGAAAAGAGGAAACCGAAGAAGAGGGCCAAUAUGUUCGCCUUUGGUACAUGCCCUGGAAGAAGGUCAAGGCGGUCAGUAGCAAGGAGAAGAAGAUACCGCUAGACUGGCUGCACACCGACAUGCUUCAAGGCUUGCCAUCUGGUCCGGAGGUGGACAAAAGACGAGCCGUGUAUGGUUGGAACGAGCUUCAAAGCGAAAAGGAGAACCAGAUCCUCAAGUUCAUUUCGUAUUUUCGCGGCCCAAUUCUCUACGUCAUGGAGCUUGCUGUCUGUUUGUCCGCAGGUUUACGUGACUGGAUUGAUUUCGGUGUCAUUAUUGGUAUCUUGUUCCUCAACGCUGGUGUCGGUUGGUACCAGGAAAAGCAAGCUGGAGACAUCGUCGCACAGUUAAAGGCUGGUAUCGCAUUGAAGGCAUCGGUCAUUCGUGAUGGCCGUGAGCAGGAGAUCGCAGCGCGCGAUGUGGUGCCAGGCGACAUUGUCGUCAUUGAAGAGGGUCGCACGAUUCCGGCAGAUGCAAAGAUCUUGGCCGAUUACAACGACAAGUCCGGCGCUAAGUCGAAGCCGAUUCCGGAGAGGCGCACACGAAGAAACUCGAACUCGAGCAACAGUGGCUCGUCAACGAUGUCCAAUAAAUCAGGCAUCGACAAGGGCCCGUCGGUGUUAUCAGUCGACCAGAGUGCGAUCACGGGCGAGUCGUUGGCAGUGGACAAGUUUUUGGGCGACAUUGCAUACUAUACGUGUGGCGUGAAGCGUGGAAAGUGCUACGGUAUCGUAGUGGCGAGUGCACAGCAGAGCUUUGUCGGAAAGACGGCAAGCUUGGUAAUGUCAUCGAAAGGAAAGGGGCAUUUCCAGAUUGUUCUCGGUGGUAUCGGGCUGGCUCUCUUAAUUAUAGUGCUCGCCUUCAUCUUUAUUGUCUGGAUCGGCGGAUUCUUUAGACAUGUGGGUAUUGCAACGCCGAGAGAGAACAAUCUGCUGGUGUAUGCGCUGAUCUUCUUGAUCAUCGGUGUUCCAGUUGGUCUUCCAUGCGUGACGACCACUACAAUGGCUGUUGGUGCAGCAUACCUCGCGAAACACAAGGCUAUCGUGCAAAAGCUUACUGCGAUUGAGUCGCUUGCAGGCGUGGACAUAUUGUGUUCUGAUAAGACGGGUACAUUGACUGCGAACAAGCUGUCGCUCAACGUACCAUACAUCGCGCCAGGCGUCGAUCCCAACUGGUUCAUGGCCGUUGCUGUUCUCGCUUCGUCACACAAUGUUAAAUCGCUGGAUCCCAUUGAUAAGGUCACCAUCGUCGGUCUCAAGGACUAUCCCGGUGCGCAGGAGAUUCUACGCGGUGGCUGGAUUACCCACAAGUUCAUGCCAUUCGAUCCUGUGUCGAAACGUAUCACCGCCGACGUUGAGAAGGAUGGCAAGCGAUACACGUGUGCAAAGGGCGCGCCGAAUGCGAUCUUGCGCCUCGACAAGUUCGAUCCCGACACCGUACAGGCAUACCGCGCGCAGGCGCAGGAGUUCGCGCAGCGUGGUUUCCGCUCCCUUGGUGUUGCUGUCAAGGAGGAUGACAAGCCCUGGCAGCUCCUAGGCAUGCUUUCCAUGUUUGACCCUCCUCGCCCUGACACAGCUGCUACUAUCCGCGAAGCCAUCGAUCUGGGAAUCCACGUUAAGAUGCUCACUGGUGACGCCGUUGCCAUUGCAAUCGAGACGUGCAAGCAGCUCUCGCUCGGCACGAACGUAUACGAGUCUGAGCGGUUGAUCAGCGGUGGAAUGACCGGAUCAGAAGUACGCGAUUUCAUUGAAGCAGCGGAUGGGUUCGCGGAGGUGUAUCCGGAGCACAAGUACCAGGUCGUCUCGAUGCUCCAGGAGCGUGGGCACUUGACUGCUAUGACUGGUGAUGGCGUCAACGACGCUCCAUCACUUAAGAAGGCGGACUGUGGUAUCGCCGUGCAAGGUGCAUCAGACGCUGCAAGAACUGCUGCCGAUGUCGUCUUCCUCGGUGAGGGCCUCAGCACGAUCAUCACGAGCAUCAAGGUUGCCCGCCAGAUCUUUCAUCGUAUGAAGGCUUACAUUGUCUAUCGUAUCGCGCUUUGUAUUCAUUUGGAACUCUAUCUAUGUCUAUCUAUCCUCAUUCUGAAUGAGACAAUUCGGGUAGACCUUGUUGUUUUCUUGGCCAUUUUCGCUGAUGUCGCUACCAUCGCUAUUGCUUAUGAUAACGCUCCGUAUGACCGCAAGCCUGUGGACUGGCAACUCCCCAAGGUGUGGAUCAUGUCAACGCUGAUGGGCAUGAUGCUUGCGGGUGGCACCUGGAUCAUACGGGGAACCCUCUUGCUCUCCGAUGGGGGUAUCAUCCAGAACUUUGGCAGUGUCCAAGAGAUCUUGUUUCUCGAAGUCGCGUUGACGGAGUCAUGGGUAAUCUUGAUCACCCGGAUGGCGAUAGGCCCCAGUUCAGGCCCCUUUGUGUUGCCGUCAUGGCAGCUGCUUGCCGCAGUUCUCGGAGUGGAUGCCCUUGCGACUAUUUUUGCGCUGUUUGGAUGGAUCUCUGGCCCUGGGGAGCACGGAGGAUGGACUGAUAUCGUCACUGUGGUGAAGAUCUGGGGAUACUCUUUUGGUGUCUUCGUCGUUGUUGGCUUACUCUACUACAUAUUGAGCACGUUCCAGUGGCUGGACAACGUUGGCAGACGCAACCGGAGCAAGAAGAACGUUAAGCUCGAGAACUUCAUCAGCGAGAUGCAGCGGCUUACGCUGGUCCACGAGCGUGACUCAAGUGGCGAGUCAUACUAUCGUAUCGCGACAGGCCCAUCUGCAGAAGAGAAGGCAAAGUCCGAGAAACAAAAGGCUGCCGCCGCGAAGAACGCUGCUGAGGCGGCGAAGAAGACGGUCAAGGUCAGCCAGCAUGACACAGAGGAGAAGGGUAGCCGCAUCGAGCCAUCCGGAUCUAAGCAGGGCGGAAAUGGUGGAGACACUCGCGGCACGAACACUCCGGGGACACGCUCCCCCGGUGGUGCGGCCUCACCAGGAGCACGGAGCCCAAGCGCACUCAGCAUGUCAAGCGGGCAAAGUCCUGGUGGGACCAGCACGCCGAAUCAUCCACAAUAGUGAUCCUCAACCAUGCCAAUUUAGUGGCUAUGAACCCAGCAGUAGACCGUUUUGUCGACGUUUUAUGGAAGCGUCUAUAUUGUAUUUUCCAUCGCUGCUAUAUCUUCUGUCCCAGUGUAACAUAUUAUCGUGGCUCGCACUUCCUGCUGUUGCUUAAGCUUUGUAUCUUAUAUCACUGUAUCUCAUAUCCUAGCCUCUUACGGUUGUAGUCAUAAAAGCACACGCCGGUGACCACGCACAAGAGAAUAGACGGUGAACAGGGGACAUUCAUCCACAUAUGGGACAUAUGACAAGCAAAG